CUCCAUACCAAUGACGUCGGAAGCUGAAACCCCAACUUACAACUUUUUCCCCCUCAUUUUCCCUCCACAGUUUGCCUCUCCGGCCUUUCCGUGCCUCAUCCCUCAAUUGCAAUUCCGCCAGUUCAGUGCAUCCCCUGCAAUUGCAUUGUCAUCCUAUCUAUUCCUCCCGUGUCGCAUGGCUGGGUACCGCAAUGGUGGUUUCUGCCUCCGCAAAUGAACCUGGCACACGAUCAUUAUCUGCGCACCAUCAGCCUGGUGACGCAGAUUCUGUGCUGCAGCAUCACCACCAUCUGUCUGGUCCUGCGCCUUAUUGCCGCCUUGUGGAUCAAGCGAACGGUGAACGUUGAAGACGCAUUCUGCACAUUAUCAUGGGUCCUGUUCUUUACCUACUGCAUCUGCACCAUAAUGUAUCUUCACUAUGGUGGGGGCAAACCAGUGGCCCUCUUGACACCCUUUCAAACCAGGCUCGUUUACAAGUAUUACUACGUCCUGACGGUCAUCUACGCGCCCAUGGUGCUGACGGUCAAAAUCACUCUCCUGUCCAUCCUGGCCCGAAUCUUCACCGUCCGUCAGGUGCAAAUCAUCAGCAUCGACGUGGUGCUAGCGGUGACGGUCACCUACUACACGAUCAUCUUCUUCAUCAAAGUCUUCAUCUGCCUACCGGUCUCGUAUUUCUGGACGCAUUACGACCAGGAAGAUCAAUGCCUGGACAAAGCGGCCGUGAUCCUAGCUGACGCGGUGAUGAGCAUUGCGACCGACCUGGCCAUCAUACUUCUGCCGGCAUUCCUGACGAUCUCGCUGAACCUCUCCCACAUCAAGAAGAUCAAGGUCUCCCUCAUGAUGGGCUGCGGCGGCAUGGCGAUCGGCUUCAGCAUCUACCGACUGGUCCUGGUCAUCCGCGAGCACGAGGAUCUCGAGUCGACCCUCGUCUAUUUGAAAAUUCUCCUGUCCGGGAACGCCGAGGGCGGGUUCGCGCUCAUCUGCUCGUGCAUUCCCGCCAUCCAUCUCCUGGCAACCCAGCGCAGACGCAGAAACUCACAGCGGUCGAUUGCGUCGAUGGGUGAGCUGUUGCGGCCGUCCUUUCCCCCGCCCCCGGCCAUCGAGUUCGCAGGGCCGGCUAGUCACCAUGCCCAAGCCCACGUGACAUCCACCGCCCAGCGCGCCUCCCUGGUGGUCCCGGAGCUGCAGGAUCGAGCAGCCAGCGAAGCCGCGUCGGACUCGAAUCACUGCGUCCGGGAGGUGCUGCUCUCGCGGCGGUCGGAACGAGUACACGUGCCCGGUUGGCGGGAUGAUUCGCAGGGCUCGUCAAGUGAGACGUGA